AGGAAACUCUGGAGGAAGUGGAGGUAGUGGAGGCAGCUCUGGAGGAAGUGGAGGCGGAGGAGGAAGCUCUGGAGGAAGUGGCGGUAGUGGAGGAAACUCUGGAGGGAACGGAGGCAGCCCUGGGGGAAGUGGAAAUGGCGGAGGCAACUCUGGAGGUUCGAGCACGACCUCUAGGACGACGACAACCUUCACCACCGCCCAAACAACCACCCCCAUCCCAACAACCACCACCACCCAAACUACCUCCGGCACAAUAACCACCGCCAUCCCAACAACCGCCACCAGCCAAAUAACUACCACAACCCCGACAAACUCCACCAGCCCAACUACAGCUACCACCCUCACGACUUCGACCACAAUCACCACCACCACCCGCACAUCCUUUUCCACGACACCCACGAUAACGACUACACCCAUGACCGACACCUCCUCCUCACGACGUCCAAUACAAGAUGGGAGUGGAAAUGAAGGAGGGGGAAGAGAUUGGUUCCGAAGAUUUCACAGGUGGAACUGGGGAAACAACAGCAACAAUUGGACCGGUGACGGCAUUGGAGGGAAUGGAUGGGGUGGUAGGGGGGGAGGUCGUGGAGGCAACAGGACUUGGUAUGGCGACGACCGUAAUCAAGGAGGAAGAGGAGGAAUUUCAGAUUCGAGUGAAGAGGCUCCGAACAAUGGCAAUUUUGGAGGCCGAGGUGGCAAGAAUGGAGGCCGAAGAGUCAACUUCGGCGGAAGAGGAGGCAACUUUGGAGGUGGCAGCCACUCCCGGGACGAUGUGGGUCGUAGGAACUGGGGUCGUGGAAGAUCGCAAUUCCAAGGAGGCUCAUCAUCCUCUUCGUCAUCCUCAUCGUCGUCCUCGUCUGAAGAGAGCAACGAGUCGAGGGAGGUGACGAGGGACAAAUCACGGCCGUGCGGGAACAGCGUCGAGGCAAAAGUAUGGUGGAAGAUAUGGAACUGCUAAAUCCACGCUCCCAAUUCUCUUCCGACACACAACCUCCCAUAUCCGGCCUGGGAAGCCCAUUUCGCACCACCCAAGCACCUCAUCUCCAGCAGGAGAUACAGCUGCCCUCUCUAUAUUUCCCAUGCUGUAUUUUGUUGGAUUCGAGUAUUACAGAGUUUCGGUCGGUG